UUGCAGGCUGCGCCCGGAGCCGGAGCCGGAGCCGCGCCGCGAUGGCCAGCAGCCCGCUGCCGGGCCCCCCCGACCUGCUGCUGCCGUCGCCGUCCAGCACGUACCCGGCGGAGCCCCGCGCCGGCCCGGCCGCGGCCAUGAAGCCCAACCAGGUGGGGCAGGUGGUGCUGUACGGCGUGCCCAUCGUGUCGCUGGUGAUCGACGGGCAGGAGCGGCUGUGCCUGGCGCAGAUCUCCAACACCCUGCUCAAGACCUUCAGCUACAACGAGAUCCACAACCGGCGCGUGGCCCUGGGCAUCACGUGCGUGCAGUGCACGCCGGUGCAGCUGGAGAUCCUGCGCCGGGCCGGGGCCAUGCCCAUCUCGUCGCGGCGCUGCGGCAUGAUCACGAAGCGCGAGGCGGAGCGGCUCUGCAAGUCCUUCCUGGGCGAGAACCGCCCGCCCAAGCUGCCGGACAACUUCGCCUUCGACGUGUCUCACGAGUGCGCCUGGGGCUGCCGCGGCAGCUUCGUGCCGGCGCGCUACAACAGCUCCCGCGCCAAGUGCAUCAAGUGCAGCUACUGCGCCAUGUACUUCUCGCCCAACAAGUUCAUCUUCCACUCGCACCGCACGCCCGACGCCAAGUACACGCAGCCCGACGCCGCCAACUUCAACUCCUGGCGCCGCCACCUCAAGCUCACCGACAAGAGCCCCCCCGACGAGCUGGUCUUCGCCUGGGAGGACGUCAAGGCCAUGUUCAACGGCGGCAGCCGCAAGCGCGCCCUGCCGCCCGCCGCGCACCCCGCGCCUCCGCCGCCCGCCCCGUCGUGCCACCCGCUGGGCGCCGUGAAGGCGGCGGCGGCGGCGGCGGCCGUGGGCGGGCUGCUGAGCCCGCACCUGCUGGCGGCGCCGCCCGAGCUGCAGCACAAGCGCCCGCGCUUCUCGGACGACGACGACGAGCUGCAGGAGGCCGUGGCGGCGGCGGCGGCGGCCAAGGGCCCGCGGAGCUACCCGGUCAUCCCGGUGCCCAGCAAGGGCUCCUUCCUGCACAAGCUGCCCGGCUGCGGCGGGCUCUUCCCGCACCCCUACGGCUUCCCCGCCGCCGCCUUCGGCCUGUGCCACAAGAAGGAGGAGGGCGCCGUGGAGGCGCACAAGGCGGCGGCGGCGGCGGCGGCGGCAGCAGCGGCGGCGGCGGGCCCGGGGGCCGGGGCGGGCGGGCUGUCGGGGCUGCUGUGGCCCGGCCGCAAGGACGCCGCUUUCUACCCGCCCUUCUGCAUGUUCUGGCCGCCGCGCGCGCCGGCCGGGCUGCCCGUGCCCACCUACCUGCAGCCGCCGCCGCAGCCGCCGCCCGGCGCGCUGGGCUGCGCGGCGCUGGGGGACAACGCGGGGCUGCUGCGCCAGGCCUUCCUGGACUUGGCCGAGCCGGGCGGCGGCGGGGAGGCGGCGGCGGCCGGGCUGGGCUCGCCCCCGGCGGGAGGCGGCGGCGGCGGCGGCGCCAGGGACACGCUCUUCGAGGCGGCGCCCGGCGCCUCGCCCGCCUCGCCCGCGCCGUCGGAAGGCGGCGGCGGCGGCGGCCGGGUCCCCGCGCACCCGCCGCUGCUGGAGGCGCCGCCCGGCCGCAAGGCUGCGGGUGGCGGCGGCGGGGCCGGCGGCUACCACCACUCCAGCGCCUUCCGCCCCGUCGGGGGCAAGGAGGACUCGGAGAGCCUGGCCAAGCUGCACGCGCCGCCCGCCGCCGCCCGCCUGCUCUCGCCCGCCGCCACCAGCGCCAGCGCCAGCUCCCGCAGCGACGGCAGCAGCGAGGACGAGGAGGACGAGGAGGAGGAGGAGGAGGAGGAGCAGGAGGUGGACGUGGAGGGCCACAAGCCGGCCGAGGAGGACGAGGACGAGGAGGACGAGGACGAGGAGCACGAGGAGCGGGGCCGGGACCCCCUGGCCGGCGGCGCCCGGUUCCUGCACGGCCGGGAGCAGCGGGCUGCGGCCGCGGGGCCCUUCCCGCUCGGCUCCUCCCGGCAGCCGCAGGACGAGACACUCGGGGACAGCGAUGCGGAGCCGCCGCCGCCGCCGCCUCCCCCCGCCGCCGCCGCCGGCCCCAAGGGCGGGAGCAGCCCCAGCCCCGCGCCCCCGCCGCCGCCCCCGCUGGAGGAGCCGCCCGGCUACAAGGAUAAUCAGAAAAGCAAGGACGGUAGUAACCAAGCCAUUUUACCUACAAAAGAGGACAAUGGCUUUUCAGAUAAGAACAAGGAGCAUAAUUUUUUCAUCACAGACUCAGAGCAUUCAGGAGGAGACUUCUGGAGAGAUAUAGCAGGCGAACACACGCAAGAAACCAAUUCACCUCAUUCACUGAAGAAGGAUGUAGAAAACAUGGGGAAAGAAGAACUCCAGAAGGUUUUGUUUGAGCAAAUAGACUUACGGAGGAGAUUAGAACAGGAAUUCCAGGUGUUGAAAGGAAACGCUUCUUUCCCAGUAUUCAAUAAUUUUCAAGAUCAGAUGAAACGGGAGCUGGCGUACAGAGAAGAAAUGGUACAGCAGUUACAAAUUAUUCCCUAUGCAGCAAGCUUGAUCAGGAAAGAAAAGCUCGGCACGCACCUCAGCAAAAGCUAAAAGAAGCACACGACCCUCUGCAGCAGUUCUCUUAUAAGGUACAACCCACCACUCAGAAAUCUGACUUGUUUAAAGACUGAGAAAACAGAAGGGCUUGGGAAUUUAAAAAGCAAGCAAACAACAAAAAAAAUCAGGUUCCUCUGAACCCAAGGACAAGUGACCUCAAAGCAUCAUGGACAACCAUGUAAAAUAGAAUGUAGCAGCCAUUUAUUAGUAAAAAAACAAAAAUCAAAAAAUGCCUGUCCUGGAUCUUUUUGGUGGUACCAAAGUUUAAGUCUUUGUGUUUUUAGAAGGACGACUGAACUGGGUAGAGUCUGAGAAAAUGCUGCGAAAGGGACCGUGCUGAUCCUUUCAACGCCUCAAACGCUGAAAUCGUCUGCAAGUUCAUCUUUUGCUUUUGAAUAGUGAUUGUUUCAUGGAAAGAAGUGUGUGACUUGUCAGAAGGGCCACAAUCACAUUUGGAUGGAUGGAUGGAUGGAUGAAUGGAUGGUUGGAUGGAUGGAUAGAUAGAUGGAAGGAAAAAGCGUUAGCCAUACACAGUGCUUUUUAAAAGCAGACUGGAAAUUCCAACACCUCCCCACUUCCAGGCCCCUGUUCUCCUCUGGUUCUUUGCCUGCUGUAUGAAUUAAGAUUGUACUCUUCUGGAAAUAUUUUACAAUUUAAUAUUGAGUGUAAUUAAGAAUAUAAUCACUGUUAUCAAAAAAAGGUAUUUAACUCUGUUGUAGUUUCUUUAUCAUUCAUGUGGAUAAAAAGUCUAUAAUAAAAAAAGCCUAAAACUA